AUCUGUUCUCUCUUCAUCAAAAUCUUCCUCUCUUAUAGCAAAUCAAUCAUCAUCAUAUAUUUAUAUGGAAGAUUAUGAUGAAGUUUGCAACACAAAACUUGCCCUUGGAAUUGGUUCAGCCAAUUCCUCACCAAAAUCAACAACCAAAGAGGACCAUCUCAUCCAUGAUCCUCUUUCUCUGAACCUCUCUUUUGGUCUUGGAGCUUCUAGCUCCCGGGCUGUCGGCGAAUCGAGCAGAUAUAGUUCUAGCAACGAGGAAGAAGGUGAUCAUCUCAACCACAACAACAACAACAACAACAGUGGUUCCAGAAAGAAACUCCGGCUUUCAAGAGAGCAAUCUUUUGUUCUUGAGGAAAAUUUCAAAGAACACACAACUCUUAACACAGCACAAAAAAACAGUCUUGCGACGUUGUUGAAUCUGAAGCCUAGACAAGUCGAGGUUUGGUUUCAAAACCGACGUGCGAGUGAACUUCAAGCAUUGAAGAAAUUCCAAGAACGGGUGCCGGCGUUACGGUUUGCUCAUCAUCCGGCCGCGAAAAAUGGCGGGACGGAUUCGGUUUGCCUGAGUUGUUGCCGUUGGAAGAUUGAAAGUGAUAGAGGGAAUCCCGGCAGCGAGCCGCCGGCGGCCUCCUCCUUAAAUCGGGUGGCUGUUGAUGAUAAGAAAGUGGUCCUAAAGCCUAAGCAAAGUGGCUUGAAAAUGCAUGGCUAA